AUGCUUCGCCGUCAAGCCCGUGAGCGUCGAGACUAUCUCUAUCGGAGAGCUCUGCUCCUCCGCGAUGCCUCCAUCGCCGAGAAGAGAGCUCAACUCAAGGCUUCUCUGGCCACCGGAAAGGCCCUCGAUCCGUCGAUAGCAGACGAUAAAGCGCUUCGCGAAGAUUUCAAAUACGAUGAAUCGCUGCAAACACCGGAUAAGCAGAGCAAGGAUACCGACUAUGCUGAUCUCGACGAUGAAUAUGCCCUUACGUCUGGUAUCAUUGAUCCUCGUCCAAUCGUUACCACUUCCCGAUCGCCUUCCGUUCGCUUAGGCACAUUCGCAAAGGAGAUUCGGUUGCUUCUACCUACUUCCAUUCGCCUGAAUCGUGGAAACCUCGUCCUUCCCGAGUUAGUGUCGAGCGCUAACGCUGCUGCACUGACCGAUAUGAUCCUUCUCCACGAACACCGUGGAACACCCACCGCGAUGACCAUUUCCCAUCUUCCUCAUGGUCCUACAGCCAGCUUUUCGUUACACAAUGUCGUCCUCCGCGCAGAUAUCCCGAACGCGGCUCGGGGAACAGUUUCAGAGAGCUACCCACAUCUGAUUUUCGAAGGAUUCAAGACAAAGCUCGGUCUCCGUGUAGUUCAAAUCCUGAAGCAUCUGUUCCCUCCCCGCGAGGAUGGCAAGGUUGGCAACCGUGUUGUCAGCUUCGUGAACAAGGAAGACAGCAUCGAGGUGCGGCACCACGUUUUCGUCAAGACAGGAUAUCGGGACGUCGAAUUAGCCGAGGUCGGGCCCCGAAUGACAAUGAGACUUUUCGAAAUCCGGGGCGGCUCGCUGGAGAAGGGCUCAAGCGGUGAUGUGGAAUGGGCUCUCACACAAUACACAAGAACGAGCAAGAAAAAGGACUACCUAUGA